UUAUCCGCGGUGGUGCCCUGCGCGCCCUGUUGUGUAAGCUCGGCGUUGCCAGCGGUCGGAGAAGUUGCUGGCCUGCCCGAUAGCCCAGUUCGGUGGCGGCCCGGGGCGGAUUUCAUGGCCCGCGGCGAACGCGGGGCCAGAGCAGGCGUGGGCGAGCCCCUGCGCGCCCCCUCCCGCGGGGAUCCAGCUCGCCCGCUCCCUUCCGCUCGCUGGCUUUUCCGAUGCUUGCUGCGCCCCUGGCCGCCGCUGCCCUCUCGCCGCCUGCUGCCCCUCGGAGCCGCCGCCUAAGUCCAGGAGGAGAGAAUGACCGAGGUGCUGUGGCCGGCUGUCCCCAACGGGACGGACGCUGCCUUCCUGGCCGGUCCGGGUUCGUCCUGGGGGAACAGCACGGUCGCCUCCACUGCCGCCGUCUCUGCGUCGUUCAAAUGCGCCUUGACCAAGACGGGCUUCCAGUUUUACUACCUGCCGGCUGUCUACAUUUUGGUGUUCAUCAUCGGCUUCCUGGGCAACAGCGUGGCCAUCUGGAUGUUCGUCUUCCACAUGAAGCCCUGGAGCGGCAUCUCCGUGUACAUGUUCAACUUGGCUCUGGCCGACUUCUUGUACGUGCUGACUCUGCCAGCCCUGAUCUUCUACUACUUCAAUAAAACAGACUGGAUCUUCGGGGAUGCCAUGUGUAAACUGCAGAGGUUCAUCUUUCAUGUGAACCUCUAUGGCAGCAUCUUGUUUCUGACAUGCAUCAGUGCCCACCGGUACAGCGGUGUGGUGUACCCCCUCAAGUCCCUGGGCCGGCUCAAAAAGAAGAACGCGGUCUAUAUCAGCGUGCUGGUGUGGCUCAUUGUGGUGGUGGCGAUCUCCCCCAUCCUAUUCUACUCAGGUACCGGGGUCCGCAAAAACAAAACCACCACCUGUUAUGACACCACCUCAGACGAGUACCUGCGAAGUUAUUUCAUCUACAGCAUGUGCACGACCGUGGCCAUGUUCUGUGUCCCGUUGGUGCUGAUUCUGGGCUGUUACGGAUUAAUUGUGAGAGCUUUGAUUUACAAAGAUCUGGACAACUCUCCUCUGAGGAGAAAAUCGAUUUACCUGGUGAUCAUUGUACUGACUGUUUUUGCUGUGUCUUACAUCCCUUUCCAUGUGAUGAAAACGAUGAACUUGAGAGCCCGGCUUGACUUUCAGACCCCAGCAAUGUGUGCUUUCAAUGACAGGGUUUAUGCCACAUAUCAGGUGACAAGAGGUCUAGCAAGUCUCAACAGUUGUGUGGACCCCAUUCUCUAUUUCUUGGCGGGAGAUACUUUCAGAAGGAGACUCUCCCGAGCCACAAGGAAAGCUUCUAGAAGAAGUGAGGCAAAUUUGCAAUCCAAAAGUGAAGACAUGACCCUCAAUAUUUUACCUGAGUUCAAGCAGAAUGGAGAUACAAGCUUGUGAAGGCACAAGAAUCUCCAAACACCUGUCUGUUGUAAUAUGGUCUCAGGAUGCUCAGCUUAAUUUAGAGUAUGUGUUAAGUACAUUGUUUCAGCGUCCAGAGAAUUCUGUGAGUGUGGAUCCACUGAGGAGGUGAACAGUGUCUAGAAAUGCUUGUUUACUACUUGGCAUGUUUUUUUCCAAAGUGUUUCUUCUUUAGCUUCAUACAUCACAUAUGGACAUUGAUGACAUGUGAAUGCAUGCCACAUAGUACAAGAAUGAUCUUGCUAACUCCUUCCAGGCCAAAAGAAGCCUCUGGGAAGAUGUACAAAUGGUGAAAACAUACAGAGGGUCAGGAUGAGGUAGUGAUCUCUGUUGGCUGAAAAACUGAUCAGGUCAUAUGACGAUUGAAGUAUGUUAAUAGUAAGGGCAGAAAUGUGUUGGCAUUUGGAAAAAAGAACUGCUAACAUUAUAGAACUUACUACCUAGCAAAAUUUCACACAAAAAAAUAUUUUAAUGGCAAAUUCAAGAUGUUUUAUUGCUUACAAAUUAGCAUCUUUGACUCUUUGAACAUCAAUCUGUGUUUACAUUGAAAUGACAAAAAGAAGAAAUAUAGCAUGCAAGUCAGAAUUCAGAGUUAAAACCAUGAUGUUGCCACUCAGCCAGCUGUGUGACUGUUGACCCUUCCAAGACCACACAUAGAUUAAAAAGUUGGAUGACAUCCAUUGUUGGGGCUUUGGGGGAUAUGGUAAAGCAUGAAAACUGAACAGCCAGGAGCCUGUGAAAUCUGCUACUGUAUUUUCCAGGACUUCAUUCCACUCCUUGGCUAAAAAAAAUCUUGUAAAUUUCACAGAUUAUGAUGUGGACCUGUCACCUGUAAAGUGUCUCAAUCUUCUCAGACAAGACACUAAACUGUCUUUGGAUAUUAUACAUGCCAGUGCUUAUAGCAGCUGGAAUUUGGCUAGUGACAAUGUUUAAAGAUGUAAUACUAGUUAGUAUCUAUUGAAGCUUAAACUUUGCUGGUCAAGUUGUAGCUAUUGUAAUAGUAUUUAUUGAAGAAGCUCACAGUCCUUCAGUUGUACAGAUUGAAAAACUUUCAUGAAAGAUCCAAUAUACUAAUGUAAAUUAUAUUUAUUGCAAUGUAUAAUAUUAAUGUGUCAAACUGGUGUAUUUUACAAAAUAUAUGAUGCAUACAUAAAUAAGAGUUGUAUAUUCCAGUGCUUUUCAAAUAGCAGUAUCUUGGAAUAUUUAAGUCUUCACAUUUUUUAGUCUAAAAUAUGAAAAUGUUUCAUGAUACAAGUGAUUAAUUUUCCCUAGAAGUGCUUUUGCAUGUUUGCCUUUUUAUUUUUUUCUGUAUAGACACAAUUUGGUAUCAGACUAUCAUAAGAUCAAUAGUGAAUAUAAAAUAUCUUAGCCAAAUGGGGUCUGUAUUGUCCACAUUUUAUAUAUUAAAUAAAAGUUUUUGUUGUCUUUUCAGGA